AUGACUUCUCUAGUCCCCCUCCCAGACCUUAAUCUCAUGCCCGAUUCCCCACCCCAUGCACCCUCCUCCUCCUCCCAGAUCGCACUCUCCCUCGCGAUCGUCCCCGUACAACCUCUGCUGGUUCAAACUCUUGACCAGGACAACAAGAAGCUUGACAGGUACGUCUUCAAACGGACUCGAAUGAUCUACAACUCUCUCCUACUUCAUCUCACCGCAGAGAAGAUGAGGCGUCCCGGAGCUAAACAACCUGUCAAUUCCAAAGCUAAGUCCCUGAUGAAAGAACGUGGAUUAUUACCAAACCAGAGCAAAUACUUCGUAGGUCCAGUCCCUGGUGUUGAGAUAGGCGACAUAUUCUUCUACCGUACGGAGCUCUCCAUGUACGGCUUACACCGCCAGUUACAAUCCGGAAUCGACUUCACAACAGCUGAGCUAAGCUCCUUCGGCGUGCCUAUAGCAACCAGCAUCGUCGUGUCAGGAGGUUACAAGGAUGAUGAAGACAAAGGAGAUAAACUGAUUUAUUCAGGGCAAGGUGGUCAAGACAGUUCCGGGAGGCAACGUAAGCACCAGAAGCUAGAAGGAGCGAAUCUAGCUAUGGUGUGUAGCAUGCGCAAUGGCGUUAACAUACGCGUCAUCCGCGGGUUUGAAUACGAAAACGACGUUUGCUCGAAGGUGUUCGUGUACGACGGUUUGUAUAGGAUUGAAAGUUACAGCUUUGGGAGAGAGACGUCAUCAGCGUUUGAUGUCUUUAAGUUUACAUUAAUUAGAAUCCAAGGACAAGCGGAGAUGGGGAGUGCGAGAAUAAAACGUGCGGUAACGCUUAGAAGUGAACUAUUGAAUAAUGCGAUAAUGCCUGAUGGUUAUAUAGGUUGUAGCCUUUAUGGUGGUGUCCCUUUGUAUCUGUAUAAUGAUAUUGACUCUGACCGUUCACCGAUGAACUAUGAGUACAUCGCGCAAUCUGCUAUUAGUUGUGUGAUAUCUGCUCAAGGAGGAGGGAACAAUGUUGGUGGCUGCGAGUGUAGAUACUCAUGUACUGAUGAUUGUGUAUGCGUAAGGAAGAACGGUGGUGAGCUUCCUUACGGACCUCACGGGAAUCUUAUGAGAGGGAAACCCGUUGUUUUCGAAUGCGGGGUUAGGUGUAAGUGUAGUUAUAGCUGCGCGAACCGUGUCGCGCAGCGAGGGUUUAGGAAGAAGAUGGAAGUUUUUAGAACCAGGGAGUUUGGUUGGGGUGUUAGGUCGCUUGAUUUGAUUCACGCGGGGGAGUUUAUUUGUGAGUAUGCUGGUGUGGUUGUCACAAAAGAGCAAGGGGAGAUUAUGUCGAUGAAUGGGGAUAAUAGGCUGGUUUAUCCGGGACGGUUUGCUGAGAAUUGGAAGUUUUGGGGUGAUUUAUCUGAUGUUUAUCUGGGUAACGUUUUGCCGAGGUAUCCUACUCUUCCGGUUAUUGAUUAUGCAAUGGAUGUGUCGAGGAUGAGGAACGUGGCUGCUUUUAUUCGUUACAGUGAAGAACCAAAUGUGAUGGCUCAGUUUGUGUUUCAUGACCAUAAUAAUUUGAAGUUUCCCCGCGUCAUGCUUUUUGCGAUGGAGAGUAUCUCUCCGUUGACUGAGCUAAGUCUGGACUAUAUGUUGGUCGAUGAAGUGGACGAGACACUCGCCAUUGGUGGGUGA